AUGGAAAAACGAUCAACAGCUGAAUCAUCAGAAUUGUCUAAUCGACGCACCAAACGCGCCAAAUACGCGCCGGUAGCAUGUGAUACGUGCAAGAAACGAAAACUAAAAUGUGAAAGAGAAGAAGGCGAACAUGUCUGUAGGAGAUGCGCCACGAACAACGCCGAGUGCGUCUUUGCUACUCCUACCACUACUCACUCAUCAAAUGAAAAUAAUGACCGUUCGACAAGACGGUCAACACUGGAGCCACAACCAGAUAUUACAUCCCUCAACCAACAAGUUGCUGCCCUUCAAAAUCAAGUCAGCGCCUUAACAACAGCUUUACACGACGUGUCUCAGCGUCUUCCCCAACUCACUGAUCCAUCCACCACAACAUCCAUGUCUCAAGGCAAUGGAUCCACAUACAGACAAGAAUUACGGAAUGUUAGAAAUGAACCCAGGGAACCACAGUUUGUUGGUCCGAUGAGAUCCGCCUACAGCUUCCAAAUUGCCGAGAAUUCUCUUUCGGGUAUGGGUAUCGAGCGACGUCCUGAUACAGCCAUGAGCAUGUCCGCUUCCCCAUCCGAUUCAGUACCGGAUGUUUCAAGUGAAGGUGGGUCCCUCCCUUUGAGAGAUGUCGAUGUUCUUCCGAGUUUGGGCGCAGUAGAGAUACAGCGACUUCUAGAGCUGUAUCUCGAAGAAGUUGCGACUGUAUAUCCAUUUAUUGAAAUGGAAAGCCUAUCUCGUAAUGUUACAUCAGUCCUCGAGUCCCCCGAGGAGAAUACGCUCAAGGAAAUACAAGCUAUCAAAUUAGCUGUUGGUACAGCCCUGGCCAUCGAAGCCCAAGGGCAGAACAACCUUAGCAAAAAACUCAUAGACGACGUUGAGCCUGUGAUAUGCAGAAUCUCAGGCGAAGCGUUUAUCGAUAUUCAAGAACUUCAACUGAUGAUGAUGCUGAGUAUCUACUGGUUUUUCUGCGGGGAAGAACUUCUAGCCUGGAGGGCCAUUGGCAAUGCAGGAAGAGAAUGUAUUGAAGCUGGACUACAUCGUCGGGCCUCACUUCUGGAGAACUUCAAGGACCCCCAGGAACGGGAUUUGGCUUUACGAUGUUUUUGGUGCGCUUAUAUCCUUGACCGGAGAUGGAGUUAUGGAACGAGUUUGUCCUUUGGGAUCUCGGAUCGUGACAUUGAUCCCCAGUUGCCAGAUCCGACCCAUCAUCCCUAUCUUAUGUGCAUGGUCUCCUACGCUCGGCUGUGUUCCAAAGUCUGGGAAGAGCUCCCCCUCGACUCAUCACCUCUCUCCGUCCCCAAAGACAAGGUUGAUUUGUUUGACUUCCUCACUCAAAAAUGGAUGCAUUCCAUACCUCAUAACCUACAACUCAUCUUUCCGCGUCUUUCUCAAGCACCACAACAGCAGUCUCGAACAUUACAGCGUUUACGAACCCUCCUCUAUUUAAGAGGCAACCACAUACGGAGUCUAGUUUUGCGACAUCACGUUAUGAGUACCGUCAACUUACGCGCUGAUCUGCAGGGUGCACAGCUUGUGGUCAGUCUAGCCCAGGACACUAUCCAAGUGCUGUUGCAUCUGAAUGAGACAAGCGAUAUAUAUGCUCGUCAGAAACCGACAUUCAAUUAUUUUCUCACUGCUGCUUUGGCGUCUAUCUUACUGGCGGUAUGCAACGCACCGGACGUAUUUGCCAACCGUUGCAGACAAGACUUUCGAGAUGCUGUCAAAUUGCUAGAGAACAUCUCACAGCAAGGACAAGUAAGCCGAAGACUUUGGAAGUCGAUCCGAGGGAUAAUCAACCGUGCUUUAUCUUUGGACACGUCUCUUGCAUCGAGUGGGAAUACAGGCGUGACAAGAACUAUUGAGAAUGAAGAUCAUUCCGGGGCGCAGAAGGAUGCUGGACACCACCAUGGGGAUAUCUCUACGGGCAGCCUUGACCUGGGUGAUUUGAUAUCCGACAGAUUCGGCCUGGAGACUGAUUUGUUGAAUUUGUUCAGCGCCUUUGAGGAAGACAAUCUGCUGAAGGGGCCCAUGACACAUGGAGGAUUGGAUGGUCAAACUGGGCUUGGACUGGACGGAGAUUUGACGAGAUUUAAUGGUAUGAUGUAA